CACCGUCUCCAUCACCCUCACGUCUCCACCCCCCACGAUCACUUUUUCUUUCCCCACUUAUCUCUCCAUCUUACACCUACAUUAUCUCUCUCCGUCAUCAUCUUCCCCUACUUCUUCCCUACAAUCUGAAAUCCCGCGAUGGCAAUGAAUAGCCGAUCGUUUGCGGAGAUGGGGAUACUUUCUUUAUCCAACAAUGACUGUCGAUCCACCUCCAGUCUUGGUGACUAUCUCUCGUUUUCAAGCAAAACCACUAUUGUCGUCGAGUACGAGUUCAUGCACCUUAUUUCUUUCCCUCUCGAAGUGAAGACAUUAAUUAAAAGUCUUGGCUGGGAAAAUUUCUUCGUUCUCCGGAGUCGAGAAAGUACAAGUUACUGUCCCCAUGUCGUGAGGAAGUUCUACCACAAUCUUGAGCUUCUUGUCCCUCGGAUUCUCAUCUUGUGUCGAUCUUCCUCGGACAUCGAGUAUGCUUUCGGUCUCAUCAAUUUGCAGAGAUCAUUGAUCUUCCGCUGGAGGAGACCCCAUUACGAGUAGAAGCGAUCUUGCGCGGCUUCACGAAUUUGAGUUUGAAGUUGAACUGUCGGAACUCACGAAGGGCGGCAUUGAUGCUUCUUUCCUCCCAGAUCCUCUUCGAUUCCUCCACUGGUUGAUCGUCAACUGCUUUCUUCCAAGGUACCGUGGUCAUUCCAUUAUUCGUAAACUUGACUUGUUUGUCCUUGUGCAAGCUCAGAGAGGUGCUCUUGUUAACCUCGCAUCUCCAAUGUGUCUGAACAUGCUCGAAGCUGCUCCCAAAGGGGAAAACAGGUUUAUUGCCUUUGCCUAUGCCUAUGCCAUCUUCGUCACCACCUUUUCUUGAAAGAGUUGGGAUGGAUUUGAGCGUUUAUAUAAAGGAAGAUCAUUCUGCUUAUUUGCCGGUGUACCGCAUAGCCGAAUUGACUAAUACUUUUCUUGAGAAUCGGCAUACAGAGGAGCAUCAACAGACCCCUGAAUCCUCCUUAAGCAAACGUCCUCGGCUUGCAUGAGAGUCGAUUGAUGUAAAAAAAGCAGAAUGGUCAGCCGAAGACGUUAGCUUAAGGAGGACUCACGGGUCUGUUGAUGAUCCGUAUGUCGAUUCUCAAGCAAAGUAAUAGUCAAUUCGGCUAUGCGAUACAUCAAAAAAUAAGCAGAAUAGUCCACCUUAACAUAAACGCUUAGAUCCAUCUCAACUAGGGAUGGCAAUAGGUCGGGUUGGGGCGGGUUUUCUCAAACCCAAACCCAAACCCAUGGGUUUAUCCACCAAAAAAAUCCGGGGUAAAACCCGUUGGGUUUGAAAAACUCAAACCCAACCCAACCCGCUGGGUAUCCCCGGGUUCAUGGGUACCCGUGGGUUUUUGUGGUAAAAAAUUUACAAUAACAAGUUUCUUUCAAAAUAAAAGUUUAACAUCAAUUUUCUCAUACAAAUUAAUCAUACAAAAAAACACCAAUCUAGAGCAUACAAGCAAACUGCAAAUGAUCAAUACAAAUUGUUCAAAAUU